AUGUACAUCAAUUGGGUGUUCGAAUAUGUUCCCAAAAUCUUCUUCGUACUUUCGCUAACUUUCAACUUCAUCUUCAUUUACUUGAACAUCUCGGAUAGCAAAAAGGUUCUUGGGAAAUAUCGAUUUGUGCUUCUCGCCUUUUCAAUUUUCAAUUCAGUUUAUUCGAUAGUUGAGAUAACUAUGCCAAUUGUAGGUUAAAUUUUUCAAAUUUUUUCAAAACAAAAAAGUGAGCAAAUUAUUCAGGCUAGCUUCGGACGUGACAUGCUUGUAUUAGUCUACCUUCCGGGCGGUCCCUUCGAGGAGGUAGGUCCGGACAAACGGGCGGGAUCCUAAAUUUCAUAAAUACAGAGCGAGACAUUCGGCCAGCUGGCAGUUUCGAUUCGGUGCGGUUUCAUUUCAUUGAGUUAUGGUAUCUUGACAAUUCAUUUCAUCUAUCGAUACUUUGCCUUGUUCAAUCCGCAGAUGAAUGAUACAAUGACAAGUAAACAUGGUAUAGCGGGAUUGUCGAUAUUUUUUAUAAUGCACGGUGUACUUUGGUCAGGGGUAGGCUUUUAUUUUCAUGAACAACUAUUUCUGAUAGAUUUUGGCUCGCUAUGACGUGGCAAAGUUAAACAUUUUCGAAAAAAAUGUAAAGAGUUCUGAAAUUUACUUUUGAUGAAACAUGGUGAGAAAUAGUAAUUCGACCAUGCUGAAAACGAUUCCGAAGUCAAAAAGUUUGGAAAUCCAAAUGAUAGCUCAGAGUGCGUUAUAGCUAUGUUUAACUUCAGAAUCGUUUUCAGCAUGGUCAAAUUACUAUAUUUCACAGUGUUUCAUUAAAAGUUAAAACCCCCGAUUGCAGGUUUGUGAAACAUUGGUCUACGCAACCGACGAGGGUCGUGAUAGAGUUCGCGAAUUCUUUAUUGCACGAUACAACGCGGACAUCUCGAAAAUCUCAUUCAUCAAUAUAUUUUGGUGGAGUCAAGAUCCGUAUGCGAUGUAUCGAAGUUGGCUGGCGAUUCUUGUUGUCACAACAAUCUCAGCCUGUUCGAUUUCAACGUAUUGUAUUCUAGGAUACAAGGUAUAGACAGAAAUAGAAACAAAAACCGAUGAAAUAUCUAUUCAGAUAGUGAACAAGCUACGAAGCGUCGAAACAAUCUCCCAUCAAACACGAAAAUUGCAUCGUCAACUAUUCAAAACUCUUGUGAUUCAAACACUCAUCCCAAUUUUCAUCUCAUUUCUCCCGUGUUUUAUCAAUUGGUUCUUGCCGCUGUUCGGAAUAGAUAUCUGGAAUUGGGGCAACUUUGGGAUUGUUGCACUUUCCGCGUUUCCAUUUUUAGACGCUGUGGCGAUUAUGAUUCUUCUUCCAGUUUAUCGAAACAGGUUCCGAUUGCGGAAAGGUUCUUUGGAAACAAGUUUCAAAAUAUCCACCUUUUCAAAAUAA